UCAGGCUGGGCCCCGCCGCCAUUUUGGGUUGUGUGGGUUUCCGAGACCCUCUGAGCUGGGCCUCGCCCGCGGAGGUUCCGCAAAUCGCCGGCCAGUGGUACGCGUCCGAGUGUCAGGUUGGAGCCGGGAAGCGUCCCUGGGGGUACCGGCGGCGGGGGCAGGAUGAGCGCGGAGGCGGCGGACCGGGAGGCAGCCACCUCCAGCCGGCCCUGCACCCCGCCGCAGACCUGCUGGUUCGAGUUCCUGCUAGAGGAAUCGCUGCUGGAGAAACAUCUGCGCAAGACCUGCCCGGAUCCUGCACCAGUUCAACUUAUUGUUCAGUUUUUGGAACAGGCUUCCAAACCUUCAGUAAAUGAACAAAACCAGGUGCAGCCUCCACCUGAUAACAAGAGAAAUCGUAUUUUAAAACUACUUGCUCUUAAAGUUGCUGCACAUCUGAAGUGGGACUUAGACGUAUUAGAGAAAAGAUGUGUACCUUUUGUUUCUUUAAGUUUGUCUGUUCCAGUAUUGAAUAUGCUGCUAAAUGAACUGCUGUGCAUCAGUAAAGUUCCUCCUGGGACAAAGCAUGUGGAUAUGGAUCUGGCCACUUUACCUCCGACCACUGCCAUGGCUAUCCUUCUCUACAACAGAUGGGCAAUUAGGACAAUUGUUCAAAGCAGUUUUCCUGUCAAGCAGGCCAAACCUGGACCUCCUCAGUUAAGUGUCAUGAACCAGAUGCAACAGGAGAAAGAACUAACAGAAAAUAUUUUGAAAGUACUAAAAGAGCAAGCUUCUGAUUCUAUUUUGGUACUAGAGGCAGCCCUUAAAUUAGACAAGGAUCUUUAUGUCCACACAAUGAGAACACUAGAUUUGUUGGCAAUGGAGCCAGGCACGGUAAAUGGAGAAACUGAGAGUUCUACUGCUGGAUUGAAAAUCAGAACUGAGGAGAUGCAGUGCCAGGUGUGUUAUGAUUUGGGUGCAGCAUACUUCCAGCAAGGCUCUACAAAUGCAGCUGUUUAUGAAAAUGCCAGAGAAAAAUUUUUUAGAACCAAAGAACUAAUUACAGAGAUAGGUUCAUUAUCUCUUCAUUGUACCAUAGAUGAGAAGCGGUUAGCGGGCUAUUGUCAAGCGUGUGAUGUUCUUGUACCUUCUUCUGAUAGUACAUCUCAACAGUUGACACCAUAUAGUCAAGUCCAUAUUUGUUUGAGAUCUGGCAACUAUCAGGAUGUAGUAAAGAUUUUUAUCGAAGAUAACUUAACCUUCAGUUUACCUGUCCAGUUCCGGCAGUCAGUACUAAGGGAACUCUUUCAGAAAGCUCAACAGGGAAAUGAAGCUCUAGAUGAAAUCUGUUUUAAAGUCUGUGCCUGUAACACAGUCCGUGAUAUAUUGGAAGGUAGAACGAUUAGUGUUCAAUUUAACCAGCUAUUUCUUAGACCUAAUAAAGAGAAAAUAGACUUUCUUCUUGAGGUGUGUUCAAGAUCAAUAAAUUUAGAAAAAGCUUCAGAUUCUUUGAAAGGAAACAUGGCUGCUUUUCUAAAGAAUGUGUGUCUGGGGUUGGAAGAUCUGCAGUAUGUUUUCAUGAUUUCUUCACAUGAGCUUUUCAUUACAUUGUUGAAAGAUGAAGAACGAAAGCUACUUGUUGAUCAGAUGAGGAAGAGAUCCCCUAGAGUAAAUCUGUGCAUUAAACCUGUAACUUCAUUUUAUGAUAUCCCAGCCUCAGCAAGUGUCAACAUUGGUCAGUUGGAGCAUCAGCUGAUAUUGUCAGUGGAUCCCUGGAGGAUUCGACAGAUUUUAAUUGAAUUACAUGGUAUGACUUCAGAGCGCCAGUUCUGGACAGUGUCUAACAAGUGGGAAGUACCUUCUGUUUAUAGUGGGGUCAUCCUGGGAAUUAAAGACAAUUUAACAAGAGAUUUGGUUUACAUUCUGUUGGCCAAAGGUUUACACUGCAGUACUGUUAAGGACUUUUCCCACGCCAAACAGUUGUUUGCUGCUUGUUUGGAGUUGGUAACAGAGUUCUCACCAAAACUCCGUCAGGUCAUGCUGAAUGAGAUGCUGCUUUUGGAUAUUCAUACGCAUGAAGCUGGAACAGGGCAAUCAGGAGAGAGACCUCCUUCUGAUCUUAUUAGUAGGGUGCGAGGAUAUCUGGAAAUGAGGCUUCCUGAUAUUCCUCUUCGUCAAGUUAUAGCUGAGGAAUGUGUUGCUUUUAUGUUAAACUGGAGGGAAAAUGAAUACCUUACAUUGCAAGUUCCCGCAUUUCUGCUUCAGAGUAAUCCAUAUGUAAAGCUUGGACAGCUUUUAGCAGCUACAUGCAAAGAACUUCCAGGCCCUAAAGAAAGUAGACGGACUGCUAAAGACCUUUGGGAAGUUGUUGUUCAGAUCUGUAGUGUAUCCAGUCAACACAAACGAGGAAAUGAUGGCAGAGUUAGUUUAAUAAAGCAGAGGGAAUCUACAUUAGGUAUAAUGUACCGGAGUGAACUACUUUCUUUUAUCAAAAAAUUACGGGAACCUUUGGUUUUGACUAUUAUUUUAUCACUCUUUGUGAAACUUCACAAUGUUCGGGAGGACAUCGUGAACGAUAUUACAGCUGAACACAUUUCUAUUUGGCCAUCCUCCAUCCCAAACCUCCAGUCAGUGGACUUUGAAGCUGUGGCAAUCACAGUGAAAGAGCUAGUUCGGUAUGCCCUCAGUAUAAGUCCAAACAACCAUUCCUGGUUAAUUAUUCAGGCAGACAUUUAUUUUGCAACAAACCAGUAUUCGGCAGCUCUUCACUAUUACCUACAGGCAGGAGCCGUGUGUUCUGAUUUCUUCAAUAAGGCUGUGCCUCCUGAUGUUUAUACAGACCAGGUAAUAAAACGAAUGAUAAAAUGCUGUUCUUUGCUGAAUUGCCACACACAGGUGGCAAUCUUAUGUCAGUUCCUCAGAGAAAUUGACUACAAAACAGCCUUUAAAUCAUUGCAGGAACAAAACAGUCAUGAUGCUAUGGACUCCUACUAUGACUACAUAUGGGACGUUACCAUUUUGGAAUACUUGACCUAUCUUCAUCAUAAAAGAGGAGAAACUGAUAAAAGACAAAUUGCGAUCAAAGCCAUCGGUCAGACAGAAUUGAACGCAAGCAACCCAGAAGAAGUGUUACAGCUGGCAGCGCAGAGAAGGAAAAAAAAGUUUCUCCAAGCAAUGGCAAAACUUUACUUUUAAACAGUUAGUUAAAAAUUUUUAAUUUUUAUUUUUUAAACAAUGGGCUAAAAAUAAACAGUAUUAGAUUAUAUAAUA